UGCAUUUAAAGAUAAUUAACCUCCAGCUGGUGUGACCGCUUCCUCUAACAGCAGCAGCGGUGUUUUAAUUCAACAGACUGAACACAUUAUUCAGUCUUUUUGACUCGUUACUUUGUGUGAAAAACAUUAUUCCCAAACAUUAAAAUUAUGCCACUGACAACACUCAUGUCGUCCAUGCAACGUGCAGCUGCUGCGCAACCGAUUUGUUUCUGCCUCCUUCUCUGCUUUUUGUCGCAUUGGAUUUAAAGGCGAAGCAGAGUUAUUGAGGGGAUAUUGGACCCAAGUUAGAGAUGCUGUCCGCCUCUCUAUAGCUGCAUGGUGAAUAUGGGAUAUCGGGGAAACAUGAAUGUCAGCAACGCGGACAGGAACAGUGUACUCCGGUGAUUUUUCUUUGGGGAGACGGUGCUCAGAUAUACCCCCCGACGGUGGGAGGUCGAGACACCCAGAGAAGAAGCCCGCUGGACGGACAGCCGGGGACCCAACCUGGAGGGCGUCCAGCUGGCAGGCUGAGCAGACAGCAGAGGGGCCUUACAAAACAGAGGACGCAUUGAAGGACACUGGGCAGCCUGUCCACAUACCCACCCCUGCUGGAUCAUGGGUAACCACACUGGCAAAGACAGCCAUGGCACUACAGGUUCUCCUUUAGAUUUUUUCCACACGCCUCCUACCACGCCCUCAGAGGCAGAGCUGACUGCCAUGGCCUUAUCCUCUGCAGCGUCCUCUAAUAAGACACAGACGCCAUCACCAGCCGGCAGCGCCACCCCCUGCACCACCUCUCCAGUUCCAGACUGGACACAGAAACUGUCCACUCCCUCAGAAUGGGCUGUGAUAAGUGUAGACCGUGUCACCAGCUCAGAGACGAACGUGAGCGAUGCAGCAGCGAGGCACAGGAAGGAAGCGAGCACCCCGGGCAGCCCGAUGUCUCUGCCCCUGUCCAGAGAGUCGCCUUCAGAGCAGAGCUGGCAGGAGCGCGAUAGUGGACUGGAGCCGCAGGCUGCAGCAGAGAGAGCCGGAGAGGAGAUGACCCUGGUUUUACUCAGUCUGAUGGAGCACUACAGGACCUCUUUAGGCCUGAGCCCCAACGCUGAUGUUACCACAGGAGCAGUAGAGCUGCUCAGGCUUUUGAUAACACAGAAAGAUGAGCUGGUCGAGGAAGUGGAAACGCUGAGGGAGACACUCAGGACGGAGAGGUUGGAGUGGCAUCAGUUCCAGUGUGACCUGCAGGUCGCGGUGUCGGUGGCCGACCGGCUGCGGGUCGAGUCGGAGCAGGCUCUGGAUUUGCUCCAGGAGAGCCACAGGGCUGUGGAGGACAAGUUGGCUCAGGCCCUCAACAGACAGCAGGAGAAGGACCGAGAGCUGGAGAGUCUGAGAGCGGAGCACGGAGACGUCUGCCUCAAAUUAACUGAACUCACCCUGCAGCAGCAGCAGGAGCGGGCCGAGCUGGACGCUCUGAGGAACGCAUGCAGGGUGAAAGACGUAACAGAUUGUGAACAACAGACAGAGAGACAAGACUCUGAGGAGGGGCAGGGGGAGGAAACACAGGAAGUCGUGGAGGAGAAACCCAAGGAAGUCGAAGCUGACCCUGACGCUAAAAAUGCUGAAAAGCAAAAAACGGACAACGAAACAGAUCAAGAGGUGGAUGCGAAAGUUGUGGAUAAUGAUCCCGAGGAGGCAAAUGGAUCAGAGAGCACGCAGCUGACGGGGAAAGGGGUGGCGGAGGGAUACCUUCGCAGUCUGGCUGCCCUGGAGAAGAAGAAAGAAGGGGGACAUGGGCAGAGAGAUCCAAGGAGGAUUGUGAUGCUGUGUGAAAGAUCUUGGAGUCUCUCUCGUCUCCCACUCCCGACGAACUCCUCCAGUGAAAAUGGGACCUCAAAAAACACAAGCUCAACAUUACCGCUAUGCAAGAAAGAAGAGCCACCAAAACAGAGAAGGAUGGACCGCAUCUUACAGAGACAGGACAGCUGGUCCAGCUUUUACACGGGAAAACAGGAUGAAGACCAAAGCUUAGAUUCCAUCAAACCUCAAGAUGGUUUCAGUGCUCUGCUGAGGCGUCAUGGCGGCUCCAGAAGAAACUCCCUGCUGCGCUGGUGCCAGACUCGCACCCAAGGUUAUAAGAAUAUUGAGAUCACAAACUUCAGCAGCAGCUGGGAGGACGGCUUGGCGUUCUGUGCCGUUUAUCACACAUAUUUACCAACUCUCGUCCCGUACGACACCCUCAACCCAGCAGACAAGAAGGACAAUCUGGACCUUGCUUUUAAGACGGGGGAGAGUGUGGGAAUCACAGCCGCACUGACGGUGGGGGAGAUGCUGAAGGCAGACGGGCCGGACUGGCAGAAGGUGCUGAGUUACGUCGAAAGCAUUUUCCGUCACUUUGAGAUGUGAAGGCGUCGCCUCUCGUCUCGCUCUUCCGCCUGGUUCUUUUCCAUCGUUGUGACUGGAGGCAAAGGACUGAAACACUGUUUAACACAAGAUGGCGCUCUACCCGUAAUGAAGUGGUCAGCCAGGCAAUAUUAAGAUUUUAUGACAUGAUUUUAUGAAUCAAUACAAUGUCCUUCACACAGAAACCAAAUGUAUUAGUAUUUUUAUUUUUCUACAUAUUGUCUAUUCAGAUCCAAAAAGCUGCUGGGUGAUAAUGCACUUUGUCAGAUUUAAA